CCCUGAGGCAGGGGCUUGGCCAGGACGACCUCUGGAGGCCCCUCCAAGCUCUAGGAUUCCAUGAUUCUAUGACAUGGCCAGCAGUCUGGAGUGGCGGCAUGAAGGUAUCCCCCGUGGAGAGCAACGGGAGGGCUGUCAGCUCCCUCCUAAAGACAGAGCCUCGGUAGCCAGCCUCGAGGCGAGCUCACAGCGGGUCAGCACCACGAAGCUCUUCUGCCCCGCGGGGACGAUGUCUGGACGUCUGGUGAGCCGUUCCAACACUUCCAGCCGCUUGAACCAUGCCAACACUGUGUCCUCCUCAGCCCAGACUCCAGGCUGGCCCCACGGCCCCAGCGUGACCCGGGCCAACAGUCUCAAACGCCCCCGCACCCCGAGUGGCUUGGAGUUCAGCAGCUGCGGCAGCCCCUCGGAGCAGUCCGACCACCCCAGCUCCCCCAGGCUUCCAGUGAGGAAAAUCUGCAUGGGCCGCCCCUACGACGCCAAGUGUGUGGAGACCAGCCACCUGGCGAACCACCCCAAAGUGUCCAGGAGGCCCGCUGGCCGCGGCAGCCCCCACUGCCUGCUCUGUACGGAUCGUCCCUCGGGCCCCUGUAGCCCCACCUUCCUGGACCAACUCAUCAAAGGCAUCAACUACCUUGACAGAUCCACCAAUGCCUUCUAUACCACCUGCCCCAAAUCAUCCCUGAGCCUGCCGAGGCUUGCAGCGAACUACCUGGAACGUGCCGCCAACCCCAUCCACCUGGACCAGCCAGACCACUCCCUCCGCCACAGUUACUCCCACCCCAUCAGCAGCGUGGCUGCCUUCGACAACUACGCCAACACGAGCAUCGUGCCGUCCAGCAGGGGUGUCAGCGCCCUGCAGUAUGUGGACGGGUCUGCCAGCACCAGUUGCUCUCGCCGGAUUCAAAGCCAGACACUCACGCCUGAGUCGCCACAGAGGCCGGGAAUGAAGCUGCCCGAGCUCCCCUUGUUCGGCAACGGGAUCUUUUCCUUAGGCCGGCUGCCCAAGUUCUGGGAGGCAAUCCGUUCAGGCUGGAGCGCCCCCGAGCCCAUCUCCAAACCCUGUAGCUGGUGGUAACAUCGACCGUGAAAUGGGUACAUGUCCAUCAGGCUGCAGUUGUAGAAAAUAAAUUGUCUGUGGUGAAAUGCUUCCUCCGAGGCUCUGGGCGGG